UGGCCUUCUGGGAGGAGUUAUGCUUCGUAAGGUAGCGGUGGCGGAGAGCUACUUCGGCUCACCCUGGAUUGUCCCUGACCUGUUUGCGUGUGGUCUUCACCCAGUCGCUCAGAAACUGCGCGCUGGACGCGCAUUCGGCCACCCGUCCCGGGUCUGUGAGGCAGCGAGUGCCCGCCUCGGGAGAUUUCUUGUGAGGAGCACAUUGCUGAGCUUUUUACUCUUUUAUCCUGUUUAAUAGCCCACAGGUUCUGAUUCCACAAGGAUAAGACAGAUUUGUGGUAUGAAUAAAAAGCCUGAGGAACAGAAAUCGUGGAAGCAGACCUCUUGACUUGAAAUUUACCUGGAAAGCUGGAGAGAUCUUGAAAAGACCUCACCCUGGAGUUUCUGCACCUGCAGACAACUUGACCAUUUUUCCCAGAGCAGGCAAGGUCUGAAUAUCUCUGCCUUCAGAGAUCAGCAAUAAUAGAUGUGUGACAAUGGCUCAUUUGACCCAGAUGAUGGAAAGGAGAGCUUGGUGUUCUCAGGACUCUGCCCUUUCUGCGGAAGAAGAGGAUACAAGCAGGUCUCUUGAACCAGUGACAUUUAAGGAUGUGGCUGUGGACCUCACCCAGGAGGAAUGGCAGCAAAUGAAACCUGCUCAGAGGAACUUAUACCGGGAUGUGAUGCUGGAGAACUAUAGCAACCUAGUCAUAGUGGGCUAUCAAGUCACCAAACCAGAUGUGAUUUUCAAGUUGGAACAAGAAGAGGAGCCAUGGGUGAUAGAAGAAGAAAUGUUUUGGAGGCAUUCUGCAGAACUCAGAAGAGGAGAGAGCUGCAUAUCUGGAGCCAUGGUGGAGUUCAAAGAUUUGGCCAUUUACUUCUCUCAAAAGGAGUGGGAAUGUUUGGACUCUGCUCAGAAGAAUCUAUAUAGCGAUGUAAUGUUGGAGAAUUAUAACAGUUUGAUUUCACUGGGACUUUCUAAAACUAAGCCGAGAGUGAUCUCCUUAUUGGAGCAGGGGAAAGAACCCUGGAUGGUUAAGAGGAAGAAGGAGACAAAAGAAUGGUGUCCAGGUUGGGAGUCCAGAAGAGAAACCAAGAAUUUAUCACAAGAGAACAAUUAUGAAAUUAAAUCAUUGCAGCAGGAGAUGACAAAAAAACGUACACGUUCCAACCUUGAGUUCAACAGGGUCAGAGAUAGCAAGGAAAUCAAAUGCCACUUGGAGAGACAGCAGGGGCAUAAGGAGGGACGAGUCAAACAAGCCAAAAUAACCACUGAACAAAGGCUCCCUGCUAUUCGGUGCACAGCCCCUGGAGAACGUCAUAGAGCUCAUACUGGAGAAAAAUCCUGUGAAUGGCAGAAAUGUAAGAAAGCUUCUGGGAGCCAGUCACGUCCUGUUCAACAUGAAAGAAUUCAUAAUAACGAAAAAGACUUUGAAUGUGGAGAAUGUGGGGAAAUCUUUAAGAGUAGGUCAGACUUGAUUAAACAUCAGAAAGUUCAUGAAAGCAAAACAAGCAGUGAAAGUAAGAAAAGUGCCUUCAGUUGUGGCUCUGAGGUCACUCAGCCUCAGAGCACUCAUUCUGGUGAGAAACCUCACAAGUGUAAAGAAUGUGGGAGAACCUUUCAUUCUAGGUCACAGCUUAGUCAACAUCAAAAGAUGCACAUAGGUGAGAAACCCUACAAAUGUAAGGAGUGUGGGAAGGCCUUUCCAUCUGUUGCACAACUUAAUCUUCAUCAGAGAGUUCACACUGAUGAGAAGUACUUUGAAUGUAAGGAAUGUGGGAAAGCCUUCACGCGCCCCUCACAUCUUUUUCGACAUCAGAGAAUCCAUACUGGUGAGAAACCCCAUAAAUGUAAGGAGUGUGGGAAGGCUUUCCGUUAUGACACGCAGCUUAGUCUUCAUCAGUUAAUUCAUACUGGUGAAAGACGCUAUGAAUGUAAGGAAUGUGGGAAGGUAUAUAGUUGUGCCUCACAACUGAAUCUACAUCAAAGGAUUCAUACUGGUGAGAAACCUCAUAAAUGUAAAGAGUGUGGGAAAGGUUUUAUCUCUGAUUCACAUCUUCUCCGACAUCAGAGUGUUCAUACUGGUGAGAAGCCCUAUAAAUGUAAGCAGUGUGGAAAUGCCUUUCGUCGUGGGUCAGAACUUACUCGACAUCAGAGAGCUCAUGCUGGUGAAAAACCCUAUAAGUGUAAGGAAUGUGGAAAGGCCUUUACCUGUAGCACAGAACUUGUUAGACAUCAAAAAGUUCACACUGGUGAGAGACCCCAUAAAUGUAAGGAAUGUGGGAAGGCUUUUAUUCGAAGGUCAGAACUUACUCACCAUGAGAGAAGCCAUAGUGGUGAAAAACCCUACGAGUGUAAGGAAUGUGGAAAGGCCUUUGGUCGUGGCUCAGAGCUUAGUCGACACCAGAAGAUUCAUACUGGUGAGAAGCCCUAUGAAUGUAAGCAAUGUGGGAAGGCCUUUAUUCGUGGUUCACACCUUACUCAACAUCAGAGAAUUCAUAUAGGACAGAGAAGUGAGUGAAGAAAUGAGGGAAGGCUCAGAAUCUGAUUGAUGUCAGAAAAAUCCAUAAUUUUUUUAAGUCUAUGAUAGUAAGGAAUGUGGGAAAGCAUUUGAGGUUAACGACUUAACUGAAUAUCAGAUACUAUAGAUGUAUGCCUAAAAGGCCCUUAUUUAAAUAACAAUUGUGACUGAUAAGAAACCUUAUAAAUGUUAGAAAUUGGAAAGGGUUAUAUGUAUCAGAAUUUCUUAGACACCAGAAUUCAGUUGGUGAAAAAUGGGAAAUUCUAUGAACAUAAGGAAAGUGGGAAUGCCUUUUUGGUGCUUAGAACCAAGUCAACCUCAGGGAAUUGAUAACAGGGAGAAGCUUAGGGAGGCAGCAGAUGUGUCAGAGAAAUUAACCAUUGGGGUGUUUCCCAACAUCAGGGCCUUUGGGCCUUCAGAACAAUCAAAGAAUUCAUAAUAUAAAUGCCAUGUAAGUGGGACACCAAUUUACUUUAUUCAUCUGAUGACUGAUGUUUGAGGAAGACUACAUGAGCAUUAAAAAUGCAGCACAUUCUUCCAUACCACUCAGAUUUUGUUAAAUAUUUGCUAGCCAAUUUUAUAAAAUUCACCUGAACCAAAUCACUGAGGGUAUUUAACCAGUGAUUAAUUUUGACUUGCCCUCACCCUUUAACUCAUUUCACAAAGGGCAAACUACUUAACUACAUUUAAAUUUUUUCGGUUGUAAAUUAAUUCCAGUACAAAUGUCUUCCUUACAUGGUGAGGAUUAAAUCCACCUGUAUCCUUUCCAGUAAUGUCUAACUAGUAUUGAAAGUGCACCAGAUCAGCUUAGCUCAGCAUGCACACCUGUGAUCCCAGCAACUUGAGGGGCUGAGGCAUAAGGAUUGCAAGUUUGAAGCCAGUCUGGGCACCUUAGUGAGACUGUCUCUCAAAAAAACAAAACAAAAAAAAAAGUGCCAAAUGAGAGCUGCUUCUAGUAUUACUUUUCCUCAUUGUUUUCACUGUUGCUUAUUUUUAGAGAUCAUAUAGAAUCCUUACAUUUAGUGACUAUAGGGGCAUCUUGCAUUAUUUAUUUUUCUUUAUUAAACAUUAGGUAAUUCCUUCUGGAGAAAAAUGUACAGUUUUCAUUCAUAGUUUGCCCUUUAAUCACAUCCUGGGAUUUAUAAUGUAAAGAAACCUAGUGGGGGCGGGGGACCAGUAGGAGAAAGGUGGGCUGCUGUGAGGUUAGGGAGAUGAUUCAAAUGAUUUAUUAAAACCUUCUCCCCAAAAAAAACCUACCCUCUCUGUUAUGCUGAAUUAGAAAAUAACAAUGCAUUAGCCAAAAGUCAAGUUUCCACUUAGGAAAUAUUUUUUAAAAAUGUAUAAAUAGUUUUUAUAUUAAAAAGAAUAUUAAGGAGCUGGGUUAUAGCCCAGUGACAGAGCAUUUAUUUGUCUAGGAUGCAUAAGACCCUGGGUUCAGUCCCCAUCAUCACCAAAAGAGAAGAAAAUUAAGGCAGAUUACUAUUAGGAAUGAAUGGCAAUGAGAAUUUGCUAAAUACAAAUGAAGCAAAACUACCUUCCCCUAAUAUGUGUAGAAAACAAGGACACAAGGGACCAGGAUUCAUUCAGACUGGUGCACUGCCUGUUUCUAGAAUGUUCCCAGUAAACAGUUGAUGACAGGGUGAAUAGGAAUCAACUCUAGUAUGCAGAGAAAUGCCAACAAAAUUAAUGCAAAGCAAAAACAAAACUUGGACAACUUUUCCUGAAAUAAAAAAGAUUGCAUCCUUUAAAGAAAAAGUUCAAGCAUCAUGAAAAAGAAUAUAAUUACAAAAAUGGAGAUUUUACAGAAAUAAGGCUGUAUUGAAUUAGCAGAUACUAUUCAUUAGUUUUGCCUAUUCAUUGGUGUUCCUCUGCCAGUCUCCCUUUGGCAGGAUUGCUUGCCAGUCACCUAAGUCUAUAAAUAUCAGGUACUGCUUCUCCUGGUUUGCUUUACAAACUGGUCAUAUGUGUAAUGUUCCUGGCCACAGAAGACCUGACUAAAAUCUGCAGACGGGCUUCAGUUAAAUUUUCUUUCCUAGCAAAAUGCAAGGAGAUGGUCUUCUUAACAACAGUACACAUAUCUGUAUGACUGGGUGAUACGGGGAAUUGUGGCCAUUUUGUAAUCAGGGUCAAGAGGCUGAGCUGGGCACAUACGACACAUUGAGAUUACAAACUGUGUCCUAACAGUAGAUCUGAGGAAACAAUUCAAAACUUUGCCCUUUCCCUGGACUUGAGUGAAAUAAACUCUGCAUAUGUUUUAAGUUUAUUCUCAACUUUUUAUAGUAAAUUUGAAUCCUGGGUAGUUACCAUUUGAAUUUUUUUCAUAUAUAUAUAUAUAUAUAUAUAUAUAUAUAUACACACACACAUAUUUAUUCAACUUUAAAGAAAGUUCAACUUUUUAUAGUAUAGAUGACAUAGAAAAGCAUUAUUAAAUAUUGCAGUAUAUACAUAUAUUCAGCUUUAAUUUAGUAAGAUAUAGGAAAUAUUUGUUUACAUUUAGUAUUUUAUAGUAUAUAUUUUUACAGUAUUUUGGAAAUCCUGGAAAAAUACUAUUGCCCUGAAACAAGUAAGAAUCAAAAAAAGCUUAAAGAGCUAUGCUGAUAAUGCCUCUAAUAGCAAAUUAUCUUAUAACUGUUAAAGAAAAAAAAGUCGCAGCUAUGAAGCUAACAUAACCUUUUUACUAAAUUUGGAAAAGGAUAACAUCCAAAUCAAAUCAGCUAUAAAAAAUAAUCCAGUUUGCAGGACAUGGUGCACACCUGUAAUCGCAGUGACUCUGGAGGCUGAGGCAGGAGGAUUGCAAGUUCAGGGAUAGCUUUCACAUCUUAAUACCCUAAGUAACAGAUCCCCAUGUCAAAAUUUUUUUUAAAAGGGAGGGGGACUGGGAAUGUGGUUCAGUGGUAAAGCAUCCCUGGAUUCAAUCCCUGGUACCAAAAAAAUAACCUAUUGUACAUGGUAUGAGUAUUCUAGUUAAAAUAGCAAGUCAAACCAAGCACCCUGUUAACCAUUAUCCAUAGUGUUCAUGACCUGACUUUUCCAAUUGUCAAAGAAAGUCGCAUAUAAAUACAGUGUUGACACAUCAGAAACUAAACACUAAAAAACUAUAACCCUCUAAAGUAAGAAGUUAGAACUAGGACAGCCCGUACUCAACUGUGAAGUCACUGCAGGUGUCCAGUUAGCCUACCUCUUGUCCUAUAAACUCACAACAUUUAGAAUAAUAACAAUCCACUUGUCCCACACUGUAGAAAAAUAACAUUCUAAAUAAGUAAAGUGUAAAUUCAUAUUAUAUGUUAGAUAAACCUAGCUAGAUAUUAGCCAACUCAUUAGAGGACUAUUUAUAAUUAAAAACAAAAAAUUCAAGGGCUGGGGAUAUAGCUCAUUUGGCAGAGUGCUUGCCUGUCAAGCACAAGUCCCUGGGUUCAAUUCCCAGCACGCAAAAAAAAAAAAAAAAAAAAAUUCAAACGUUUUUUAGAAGAGAUUACUAAAUUUUAACUGCACUGAUAUAUUGAUUUUAUGAGUCUCUUCUUAAAAGUUCAGUAUUUUCUAAGAGGAAAGUUCAUGCCUGUUAGAGGAAUGAAAUUAAUAAAACCAAAAAUAAGUUACAGUAUUGAUUUCAUUAUAAUUUUAACUUUCUUGAAUUAUAAAAAAUUGAGAUUUUCAUUUUCUGCUCAGGUAUACAUAUUUCUCUCUUCAAGGCUUGAAAGUUCUAAGUUUAUCUUGUGUCAACUGAAACCAUAAGUACACCACAGAGGUUUUUUUUGUUGUUGUUUUUGUUUUAAAAUCAUAGCCACAGAUUCUCUUUAAGCGCUGAUAACCAAAGCCUAAUGUGGGUACUUGAUCUAGUUUCCCCAUACUCAGGAAGCAGAUACAUCAAGCUUUGGUUUGGUAACUGGGUUAGGAGGUUACGGGUGAGGAGAGUGACUUGAGACUGCGCACACGUUCACGUGCAGCCUCCAGGUAGUGCAUCGGGAGCCCCAUCUAGGCAGCACCUACAGAUCAUUUUUGAUUCUUAGAUAACACACAAACCAUGAUAUUUACAGGUCAUUCUUUCACGAAUGAAAGUUUAGGUUUAUUAAUUUACCAAUAGUUAUACGAUAAACAUUUUUACUAUACAUGUAUCAUUGUUGGUGCUUUUAUUCCCACCAGUUGGGGAUUCCUUGCCUUAACGAUGUUGUAGAUUUUAAAUGUAGUAGUUAGUGCCUUAUUAUUGUCUCAAACUUGCCAUUAAUCUCAACAAAAAUGUAUGUUCAUUUUCUAUUUUAAUCAGAACUGAACAUUUUAAUGUUGAGUAAAAAACAAAAAAGUACCUUUAUAUUUUAACUGCCAAUGAGGUUUGAUCACCUACCUUGCCUCAGGGUCAUUUGAGUUUUGUUUCUUUGAAUUGUUUGUUCUUAUCUAUUUUCCUUUUACAUUGAAGUCACUUUUCAAAGCAAUUUGAAGAAAAUUGACUGAGAUUAUAUUAUCAUGUGUUUUGCUGUUUAUUUUUAUAGUCUAGCUUUAUUUGUUUAUUGCAAAAAGGAGCUAAGGGCCAGAUAGUAGGCACCAGGCCUUGUGGGCAAAUCUACACCGCCUCUGCAACAUGGAAGCACAGGAGGCAGAAACCAGUGGUUCUCACCAGGGCAGUUUUGCUUCCCUGCUCACAUCAUCAGGUGAUAGGAUUUUUCCACAGACGUUUUUGUCUGUUACUGUAAAGGGAGUUGCUACUGGUAUCUAGUAACCAGGGAUCCUGCUCUAUAUCCUAUAAUACAUAGUACAGCCUCCACAAUAAAAUUAUCUGGUCUAGAAUGUCAAUAGUACCGAGGUUGAGAAAUCCUGACCUGGAGGCAAAUGGAAACAGCUGUGUCCCAAUAAAACUUUAUUUAAAAAAAAAAAAAAAAGCAGGCCAGG